AUGGAGGAGAGACGAGGAGCUGGUGGAAGCGGAAGAAGACGCGGAGAGGAGGCAGAGAAGGUGGUGGACCGUCAGAAGCUGGGGACUGGAGCCUGGGACGGCAGGUACCGCAUGGAGCGUGUGGCCGUGGCUCGCCAGAGGCCAGUGGAUGAGUCUGGCAUCACCGACUGUGUGUCGUACUUUGUUCCUCUGUCACCGGAGCUGAAGCUGUUGCAGCUCAGGCAAUAUCUGUCCGGUCCACCGUUGAAGACUGUUGAGACGUAUGGUUACUCGGCAGCGGCCUACGCAGCAGCACUCCAGCGACUUGACCAAAAGUACGGAGGUGAGAAGCGCAAAACAGCCGUCCACAUGUCCGCGCUCCAGGAAAUGCCAGCAAUCCGUGAGCGUGGCACAGCCAAACAGCUCGAGCGUUUCGCAGAUCUUGUGCAAGUCGCCAAGAUUAACUUGAUUGAUGCUGGCCGUCAGAAUGAGCUGUCGUACGGUACGUUCUGCACUCAGCUGCAGCAGAAGCUGAGCCAAGAUCUGUUAACGGCGUACCACCGGUGGCGUUGCGAUAACAAUAUUGUCGAGUCGGUCGACUCGCUAUUGCAGUGGUUAGUACGGGAAGCAGAUUUCCGCACGGAAGCGGAGGAGACCCUGCAGAGUGUCUCGCAUAGCGUUGCAGCCACACGUCUGAUGAGCAAGCCUGCCAAAUCAGACAUUUCCACAGCAGCAGCUCUUACCGUCACCUCAUCGAGCGUAGAAUGUGUGUUUUGCGGCAGCGGACAUGAGUCCUCGCAAUGUUCGUCCAUCACAGACAUCAAGCGCCGCAAGGAGCUGAUACGCAAGAAUGGUCGUUGCUUCAUCUGCCUGAAGAAGAACCACAUGGCUCGCGACUGCAAGUCCAGGCUGAGAUGUAGCAAAUGUGAGCAUCGACAUCAUACGUCCAUUUGCGAACCCAAGUCGUCAGAGCAGCCCGGGACUGGCGCGAAGACAUCUCCGCCAUCUAGACAAGGCGGAAGUGGAAAAUGGUCGAAGCCAGUGUUUUCGUCCACAACCGCAGCUACUGUCAGCGACAGCGGAGCUGUAUUUCUACAAACUGCACAGACCUCGGUGGUCUCGCCUCAACGUCCAUAUCGAAAAGUGCCUGUGCGAGUAAUGCUAGACGGUGGGAGCCAACGCUCGUACGCUACAUCAUCGGUACUGACUCAGCUGGACGUGCGCCGCUCCGGUCAAGAACGUGUAGUGAUAAACGCGUUUGGCGGCGAACAGCCAAGCCCAAGCACACUCCGGGACGUGGUCGAACUGGACAUUCAGUGCGUCGAUGGCAACCGGAUUCGUGUCAACUGCAUCGUCGUGCAAUCAGUCUGUGCACCCGUGCAAAAUCAGCACACCGCAGAUGUAGUCACAGCUUACGAGUCUCUACAGAAUCUCAGUCUCGCCGACAACUGUGGCGGCUCAGCUAGCAUCGACAUUCUACUCGGCGCUGAUGUUUAUUGGCAGAUCUUCACGGGCGACAUCGUUCGUGUAGAUGAUGGGCCAACUGCUCUCGAUACUCGCCUCGGGUGGGUUCUGUCCGGACCAACAGGCAGGUGUAAUUCAGGCAUCAUCUCCACUAACGUCGCAACCGUUCACGCUUGCGAUGUCGAACCAUCUACCGUGCAAGAUCCAGACAGUGCUUUGGUCCAGCUACUCCAGAAGUUCUGGCAGCUUGAAUCCAUCGGCAUCUUGCCUAAUGAACCGGACACUCUGCAGCUGUUCCAACAGACCAUCCGCUACGAUGGGCAGAGGUACAUGGUCAGGUUGCCAUGGAGGGAGGAUCAUCGCGCGCUUCCAGACAAUUACAGUCUGUCCGAGAAACGGCUGCAGUCAACACUCAAGAAACUGCAGAAGUCACCAGAAAUUCUGAAGGAAUACAAUGCAGUGAUUCAAGAGCAACUUCAGAAGGGCAUCAUCGAGGAGGUGCCAACGACAGAGCACGACGUGGUGGGCGAAGUACAUUAUCUGCCUCACCAUCCUGUCAUUCGGCAGGACAAGACCACUACGAAGGUUCGUGUGGUGUACGAUGCCUCAGCCAAGGUGAAGACGCAUCCGUCCCUGAACGACUGCAUCCACACGGGACCACCGCUGCUCGAGCAGAUCACCAGCAUACUGCUCCGGUUCCGAACGCAUGCGGUAGCCUUCACCGCAGACAUAGAAAAGGCGUUCUUGAUGGUUGGGAUUGAGGCAGCCGGCCGCGACGUCCUACGCUUCCUCUGGGUCGACAAUCCCACAAGCGCUCAGUCGCCCAUUCUUAUUGAACGCUACCCGUCCGAGAGAGCCUAUGCAGCAGCCAUCUACAUUGUGUUCACGACGGAGGUGGGCACUUCAGUACAGCUAGUCGCUGCAAAGACUCGGGUUGCGCCGCUGAAGCAACAGACCAUUCCCCGCCUCGAGUUGCUUUCAGCACUGGUAUUGGCUCGCCUGAUGGCAUCCGUCUCAUCAACGUUGGCAGAGCUGAAGAUUGAUCAGAUUCUCUGCUGGUCAGACUCCCAAGUGGCACUGGCAUGGAUAGCUGGAGUGGAGCAAACAUGGAAGCAGUUUGUGGAGAGCCGGGUUACAGAGAUCCGACGUCUCGUUCCGACGUCCUGCUGGAGCUACUGCCCAACAGCUUCGAACCCAGCCGACCUGCCGUCACGAGGAGUGAAGCCCAGCGAGCUCACUAGUACCAUCUGGUACACUGGUCCGAAGUGGCUACACGAGCCACAACCCCGAGCAGAAGUCGACAGCGGCUCCGCAGCAUCGCAGUGCGAAGAAGUCGAGAGAGAGCGGAAGGCAACACCUACCACGGUCAUGGCAGUCGGCGCUAUCCAGCAAUCUGGUGCGCAGCCCGGCGCCACGCUUCCGAAGAGAGAUGCUGCCCGGUCAGCUGAUAAAGCCAGACAGCAACUGAUUAAUGCCGGCUCCUUAUAG